AUGCGUUAUGUGAAGAGAAGACUAGGAGCCAUUUUCAUAACGAUAAAAACAUAACAUUCAACCAAAGGAGCAGGGUCCAUAUGAGAGUUUUUCGGCCCUGAAAAUAACUCAAAUUUGAAGCUGAUCGCAUUUGUGAAAUGUUUGCAUUUUAAUAUGUCAGAGUAUAUGUAUUUUAAGCUUUCAUCAACAUUUUUAUUGUUAAGUACUUCACUGUCUUUUGAAAGCCCAGUUCCCAAUUUUGACAUUUUCGUCCAAAAUUUAAACAUUUUCGUCCAAAAUUGAACCAUUUUCGAACAUCUAACUGACGGUUUUUUUACGAACUCAUGGUGGCAACACUUUCUACUUGAAAUCUAUAAUAAAACACACUGGAACACAAAACAUUUAUGGAAAGGUAAAUGUUGUGUCACUACAUUCUCAAUUAAAACAAAAGUUGAAAUGAAUGAAUACACAAUUACGAAAAGACCUCAACUUUUAUUUUUAUUGUGAGCGCAUUCGCGCAACACCUUCAUUAUCUUAUGGUUUAUGUCGCCCUGUGCUAGAUUUGAAGCAGUAGGUGUUACGACCAUGCGCCCAUAAAAAAUUGUUUUUUAAAAUAGGUGGAAAUGCAGAAAUUGCGAACUUUUGGAUUUUAAAGAACAUUCAAGUGCUAAAAUAAACAUGUUAGUGAAAUAUGUUCGGAAAUAUUUAAAUACAAAAAUUUCCUAAACGCGAUGAACUUGAAAUUUGGGGUAUUUUCAGGACCGAAAAAACGGCUUAUGGUUCCUGAUAUUUUAGUUACUUGUUAUGAUUAUUUCAUUAUGGUGCGAUAAAAGAAAGGAGAAAUUUGAAAAUCCAGUGAUAUUGUUUUGGGAGACUUGUCCGCUUGGACCUAUAAGAACUUUUAAGCAGGUACAAUGCAAAAUUUUACCUAAUCCUUCCCAAAAACAUCACUUACUGAAUAAGCAAUUCUUAUGGUUGUUUGUGAGCUUCUAACAAAAACGUUCGGAGAUAGAUGUGUUGAGGAGCUAGGUUAUUCUAUAUGGGCCAUCUGAAGUUAUUUGAGGUUAUACAUAUCUUGUUGGUUGAAGCUGGAACUGACCGAACUAACAGCACCACAGAAAGCCUCUUCUGAUAGAUUGGUCAACAUCUAGACACGCAAGGAGCAAACGACCAGUUCUUAAUAUACAGCGUGAUUCAGAAAGACAUCUAUGGUAGAAGGGACAUCCAAGAAAAACAAAAAA